GAAAUUUUUUCGAAACUAAACAAGGCCUGAAUAAUAAUUCCACAGAAAUUUGUUGAACUUCAUCGGAACAAUCGCUGCCUGAAAACCAUUGUUUUCUUUUUCCGGUCGUUUACGUCCCGAGAAGAGUCGGUCAGUACAGUAGCUACCAACCAUUUGCGACAGCAGGCAACAGUGCAGGCGCAACCGUCGUCCACACGUCGCAACCGCCAGGAAAAUAAUAAUAAUAAUAAUCGGUGCCGCUAGAUUACAUCACCACCACAAAAUCCUCCAACAUCAAUCCCCAGUUCGCUACGCCAGAGGACCGAAUAAACAAUCCACCGGUCUCCUACCUCCGCGGAAGCACCAGUCCGCAAAUCAACCCCGCCGAGCGCCGAUCGCCAGCCAUGGACCGGCAGCAGGCGGAGGAGGGCGGGAUCGGGAGCGGGAGCGGGAGCGCGCGCGCCAAGACGACGCUCGCCGAGGUGUCGUCGCCGCUGUCCGCUCUGGCGGACGACGUGCUGCUGCAGAUCCUGGGCCGGCUGGAGGCGGACCCGCGGGACUGGGCGCGGGCCUCCUGCGCGUCCCCGCGCCUCGCCGCGCUGCUCCGGGCCGCCUGCCUCCCGCCGCGCCUGUCGCGGGCGCUCCCCGCCGAGCUCCUCCCCGCGCCGCCCCCGGACGGGGCGCCCGCGGCCUGGGCCGCGCUCCACAAGCUCUCCGUCUGCUGCCCGGGCCUCCUCCGCGCCGGGGUGCUCCUCGAGCCCACCGACGACUUCGGGCUCGAGCUCGACAUCGGGCCUGACGUCCCCAUCAUCUGCGCCCCUACUGACGCCGCCUCCGUCGAGGGCUUCGAGGCCACGGCCACCUCCCGCGACGUCGUCGUCGCGGCCGGGGGGAGCGCGCCCGGCGGCGCCGGCGAAUCUGCCAACAACGCCGCCGCGUGGUCGCUCUACGACGACCUGUACCUGGACGCGGCAUACGACUGCUCGUCCGAGCCGCAGAUCCCGCCUGCCUCUGCGGAACCCGCCGCCCCGCCCCCGUCGUCCGUGGCGGCGAUCCGCGACGUGGACGGAGCAACCACCACCACAAAUGCUGCUGCCUCAUGCGGCGGCGUCGCCCGUCGCGGCGUGGUGGCCGGGAGCCGACGGCAUCCGCGGCGGUGGCUGGGCACCGUGGGCGCGCACCUGGCGUCGGGGUCCUGGACGCUGAGCCGCGAGCAGGGGAACAAGCUCCUGGCCAGCCGCUUCCGCGGCGACCGGCUCUACCUCUGCGACUGGCCGGGGUGCGUGCACGCAGAGGAGCGGCGCAAGUACAUGGUCUUCCGCGGCGUGUUCCACAACUUCGCCCGCUCCCAGGUGCGGCGCGCGCUCAGGGACACGCGCCGCCCCACCGUCGCCGUCGAGUGCGCCUUCUGCGGCUGCAAGGAGGCCUGGGACCUCUACUCCGCCUUCUGCCUCCGCGGUUUCUACGGCUACCACGACGACGGCGAGCCCGUCGUGCGCGCCUACGUCUGCGAGAACGGCCACGUCGCGGGCGCCUGGACCGAACGCCCGCUCUACUCCUGAUCUUGGAGUGGCCAUGCCACUCCGACUGACAUGGUAUUGUAUUGCUUCAAAGACUGCCCCCCAUGCCAUUGCCAGAUGAAUGAUGCUCCUAGUAGCAUAUGCCUUCUGCUGUUUCUAGACAUAAUUAUGCGUGUCUGCAUAUAGCAGAAAAUGCGGAUUUUCGUAAUGUUCUGGAUAUAUAUAGAGUAUAUAUGUAUGGAGGAUGUGUAUUCUUUCUUCUUGUUGUUGUUUAUGAGGAUGGCUAUGAGUAGAAUAAGAAUGCCGAUUGAUUUGCAGCAUAGGCGAUAAAAGGUUUGCAUAAAUUUGUAAUCAUGCUACGAUAAAUUUGUGUUGCCGCACUGCUGUUCUAUGAAACGAGCUAUUGUAUCUGGAGUACAGGUACAGGAUUCACACUGUGCAAACAAAUCCUGCUUACUUGUAUCAAAUACCUUGAUAUUGCAAUUGCAUAACUAUAAAGGUCUCUCGGCCUUGACUGCUUCA